AUGAAUGAAGCACCCAUUGGUAUUAUUAUCUUUUUUUUUGCAUCAAAAUUCGUAAAACUGAGGUCAAUAGUUGCGGAUAAUGGAACAGGAUUUGUCAAAGUAGGAUAUGCAGGAACUAAUUUUCCAGAUUAUGUUUUUCCUUCAAUUGUUGGGCGUCCUAUACUUCGUGUAGAAGAACAAAUAGGAACAUCAGUUAUCAAAGAUAUUAUGGUUGGUGACGAGGCUACUGCUGUUCGAAAUAUGCUUCAGAUAUCGUAUCCUAUGGAAAAUGGAAUUAUUCGGAAUUGGGAUGAUAUGCAGCAUCUUUGGGAUUAUACUUUUGGUGAAAAACUUAAAAUUGAUACAAAAGAUCGUAAAAUUUUGCUUACUGAGCCACCUAUGAAUCCUCUUUCGAAUCGGGAGAAAAUGUGUGAAGUAAUGAUUGAAAAAUAUGGAUUUUAUGGAGUUUCUAUAGCAAUUCAAGCUGUUCUUUCUUUAUAUGCUCAAGGAUUAACUACUGGAGUAGUCGUAGAUUCUGGUGACGGUGUGACUCAUAUUGUUCCUGUUUACGAAAACGUUGUUUUAAAUCAUCUUACACGUAGGUUAGAUGUUGCAGGGCGUAGCGUUACACGCAGACUUAUUGAUUUACUUUUACGAAGGGGAUAUGCUUUUAAUAGAACAGCUGACUUUGAAACGGUUAGGCAAAUUAAAGAAAAGUUAUGUUAUGUUAGCUGUGAUCUUGAAUUAGAUCACAAAUUAUCUGAAGAAACUUCUGUUUUAGUUGAAAAUUAUACUCUUCCUGAUGGGCGUAUGAUUAAACUUAGCUCCGAAAGAUUUGAAGCCCCAGAAUGCUUAUUUCAGCCUCAUUUAAUUGGCAUAGAGCAGCCUGGUAUUUCUGAAUGCCUUUACAAUACAAUACAAAGUACGGAUCUAGAUAUUCGAUCCUCAUUAUUCAAAUCUAUUGUAUUGUCUGGAGGCACAAGCAUGUAUCCAGGUUUUCCGACUAGACUUGAAAAAGAACUUAAACAAUUAUGGCUUACAAAUGCAUUGAAUGGAGAUCCUACUCGUUUUAAUAAAUUCAAAAUACGAAUUGAAGAUCCUCCUCGUCGACGACAUAUGGUAUUCUUAGGAGGAGCAGUUCUUGCUAAUAUAGUUAAAGAUAACGACAAUAUGUGGGUAACUAGAAAUGAUUGGAGCGAAUAUGGUAAAAGAGCAUUAGAAAAGCUUGGACCUCGUUAA